AAUCUUGAAAACACUAUGUGCAGUCAAAAAAACAUUAAAGAUUAAAAAAAAAAGAAUUGUUGGCUGAUGGUCGGUUUGCUUCAGCAGAUCUUGCUGAGCUUUUUUGUUUUGUUUUUUUAACAGCCCCUUCUUUCCUUUCCUUCGUUGAGUUAUAAAGGUACAUAUGAAUUUGAAUUUUUUAAGCCUUUUCCUGUUCUUUAUUUCCAUGAACUUGCGUAUCCAUGCAGCAGCCUAGAUUCCCUUUUUUACAUUUUGCUUUUUCCUAUAUAUAUUCUUUCCUUGAUAGCCAAACCAUUUACUUUCAUAUAUUCUAUUCUCUCAAGCCUUGCCCUCUUUGUGCUUGAAAUACUAUUUAAGACAUCAAUUGGAAGUGAGUUGAGAAUUUUGAAAGGGGACAUGGAAGAACAAACAGAAAUAGUAGGAAGGGCAUUUGUGGAUCACUACUACAAUCUUUUCGACAAUGAUCGAUCAUCAAUUGGUACUCUGUAUCAACCAAGCUCCAUGUUCUCAUUUGAGGGCCAAAAGUUGCUCGGAAAUGAAGAUAUCUCUGCUAAGCUUAAUGCCUUGCCUUUUGGACAAUGCCGCCAUGUGAUUAGCACCAUUGAUUCUCAACCUUCGUCCUUUGCUGGAGGGAUCAUAGUCUUUGUCAGUGGUAGCAUUCAACUACUUGGAGAGGACCAUCCACUGAGGUUUAGUCAGAUGUUUCACUUGAUCCCAACUGUUGAAGGAAGCUUCUUCGUGCAGAAUGACAUAUUUCGCCUCAACUAUGGCUAAUUUAGCGUUCAUGUGGGGGAGAAUAUAGAUCAAGAGAAGAAAAAACAGUGUUUAUGUGAGUGGAAAUGUGGAAGAGAGAAAAUUAUUGGUCAUGUAAGUUGAUUUGAAUGUGGUGUUGCCUUGACGAAGGAAAUAGGAGCAUCACAUUAUUUGAUUUGCUAAUUGCUUUGUAAUUCUGGGUAACACUAAUUCAAUUUGCAAUCACUAGUACCAUCAAGUCUAAAUAAUUUAAUUUAUACCUUCGUAU